AUGGCACAAAUGCCGUCUGGUGGACGCGUCGGCAGGUCGCCACCAAUGUUCAACACACAUUUCGCCUUUGCGGCAUUCUCCCUGCACCGCCGGACCACCAAGCUUUUGGGGAUUUUGCAAGCGCGCGCAAGACUGGUAGUGGAACAUGUCCAAUUGGACUUUGACAAGGCGUCGAUCGGCUGCGCUAGGAGAACCAAGGCAAGAGAGUUAGGGGGAAGGGAAGUGUUAGUGUGCUGCCAACGGCGCAUUUCGGGAAACCAUGGUCGAUUUGAGAAUAGGCAGGGGGCCAUGAUUCGGGCCUGUGUUGCAGACGACGGACAGUCUUUGCAGAUGGGGUGUUUUACUCGACCAAGUUGGUCUUGCCCUUCGCCCUUCGCCCUUCUCGAAAAGCCCCUCUCGGCUGGCUUCCUGAGACGGAGACUGCCGGGCGGCCAGGGGGGCCGCGCAAUCAUGGAUGAUCAACAAGCGAUCAACUUCGCAGAUCGUGACUGCGUAAGGGUCCUUUUUGCCUGACGUGGUGGCAGGUUGAGGCGGCAGAUGCAGCCAAGGAGCACACGCGCAGGUAAUCAAUAUUCAACGGCAGGCCACAACAGGCGACGAGGGACAAGGGACGAGGGACGAGGGAAGAGGCGAGAAGUGAGGGAAUAGGGAAAAGUCAACAGGGAAGCUUGCAGACAGGGCCGAGUGGCGCAUGGUGGAAGGUGCCGAGGCAGGCUGAGAUUGGUGGUCUGGCGGGCGGAGAAUAGGACGUGCCAAGGUGUGUAUCAGAAACAUGGCAGCUGUGCUUGAGACAUGCGGCGAACGCCUCGUAGGGCUCCGGAUGCGC